AUGGGCAACCUGCAGCCGGAUCUGGCGCUGCGCUACGCCAAUGUCCGCUACUUCCCCAACGUCAACGGGGCCCGGAACUGCUACACGCUGCGGUCAUUGAAGCCCGGCGGCAAGUACUACGUGAGGGCCGUCUUUGGCUACGGCAACUAUGACAGGCUGAAUAGCCCUCCUACCUUCGAUCUCUACGUCGGGGCCAACUACUGGACAACGGUGCGCAUCGUCAAUGGCAGUAGGGCGUACGUGUUUGAUACCAUCGCUAUGUUGUCGUCGUCCUCUGGCGCCGACUACUUGCAAGUUUGCCUGGUGAACAAAGGGUCAGGAAACCCUUUCAUCUCAGGGCUUGACCUGAGACCGCUCCACCCCGAGCUCUACCCAGACUCCAGUGAGGCGCAGUCUCUGGUUUUGCUCAGCUUUUUCCGUGACGAUACCGUCGGUUUUGGCUUCAAUCGCUACCAUUUUGGAAUAGACUAUCAACACUUCAGGUACCCGGAUGAUCCUUACGACCGGAUUUGGCAGAGGUACCAAAAUGUUUCCACCUGGACAGUUCCCGGAUCAGCCAGUGGAGUAGUAGUCAAGAACCCUCCCUACGACACCUACGAUGUCCCAUCCGCUGUGAUGCUGAGCGCAUCCACUCCGCUGAAUGCUUCAGCGACAAUGGAGAUUGUGUGGAGCUCGGACUUGUCUAUGGACGUUGACGCCGACACCAACCUCCUUCUUCUUCUCUACUUCGCCGAGGUCGAGGCCAAUGCGUCACGGCAGUUCGACGUCCUUCUGGACAGUAAUGUCACGCUAGCUGCGGCGUUCAGCCCAUCAUACUUGCUCACCACGGUUGUCAGGGGCACUGCGCGAGGACUGGGCCCUCAUAGCAUCUCGCUUGUGCCAACAUCCAGCUCCAAUCUUCCGCCUGUGAUCAGCGCCAUGGAGAUAUACUUGGUGCGGCCCCGGAAUGAAUCUGCCACCAGCUCUGCCGACGAGUUCAACUCAACUGUUGUAUCAUGCAUGGAGUAUUCGUUCAUUUUGAUCGAGGAGCGUGUGUUUUUCUCAGCCACUGCAGUGAUGAGCGUGCAGAAAAAGUAUUCUGUGAAGAAAAACUGGGAAGGAGAUCCGUGUUCCCCCGCAGCAUUUGCAUGGGAUGGCCUCAACUGCAGUUACAGUCCCCCUGGUCCCCAGAGAAUAAUUGCCUUAUAUUUGCCAUCCAGCGGAUUGAUUGGUGAGAUUGAUCCUUCUUUUGGUCAGCUAACAUUGCUCCAAAACUUGAAUCUAUCCCACAAUAAUCUCUCGGGGCCAAUACCCGACUUCCUGGGUCGAGUGACAUCCCUUAUAUUGCUGGUCGACAACAAUCCGUACCUUUGUGUAAAUGAUACUUGUAACUCUAGUCCAAGCAAGAACAAACUAGCACAAGGACUUGGACUUGGACUUGGACUUGGAGUACCUGUGGUCAUACUUGUAGCAGCAGUUGCCGUUUUCAUCAGGUAA